AUGCGAGUACUGCUGGCCUUUCCCCUGUUCCAGCUGCUGCUUCUGUGUCAGCUGCUCAGUCACUGUGUACAGCACACCAGGACAUACUGUCAGCGAUGCAAUGAACGCUAUGCCUGUGACUGCUCUGCUGAGAAGCGACUGCAAGUCCCUGACGUGCCCUGGAGGAACCUCAUUCUCUCUUUCAACCUCUCUUUCAACCAUAUUCAGAAUAUAGCGGUGGAUGACUUCUCUGGGUAUGUGCAUCUGAAAAUGCUCUACCUGCAAAACAACAGGAUUCAAUCAAUCCACGACAAUGCUUUCACUUCUACAGUUAACCUGGAGAGACUGGACUUGUCCUACAACCAGCUGACCAAUUUGUUAACAACGUGGUUUGACCAGCUUUUUUCUCUUCGACACCUGAACCUCUUAGGAAAUAAGUACCAAAGGUUAGGGCAGGGUUUCCUUUUCCAGAAACUGGCUCAUCUGAAGACCCUGCAGUUUGGGAAUCCAUCUCUCUCUGCUGUGGUUAAGAAGGACACGGUGGGACUGAAGCAUCUUGAAGAGCUGGUUCUGCAUGGCAGUGCUUUGAAGCAGUAUGAGGAGGGGAGUCUCGGCAGACUCGGACCCAUUGCCAGGGUCACACUUGUCCUCCGUGAGCUUGUUGAAAGGGACUCAUCGCUCACCUCAAAGAUGCUACGGGACGUGUCUUCCCCGGAGACUCUUUUAGUCCUCACUAACACCACACUAAUCAGCGAACGGUCUAUGAUGCCAUUCCAGGAAGUCAAACUUAAGGGCGUUAAAAAGGUGGCUCUGAAAUACAUCACCAUCACAGACUCAGCUAUCACUGGCAUCAUGAAAGAAAUGGACAGGUCAAACCUGUCUUAUGUUGCAAUGGAGGAUUCUCAAUGUUUUGGAAGGGGUGAGUGGUAUCCAUCCACACAUCUUAGACACCUGGAAACUGUGUUCAUAAAAAAUUUGAACAUUCCAAAUUUCUAUGCAUUUCAUUCCUUUACUUAUCUUACAAAUAUUCUACCCUUCCUGAAAAGAGUAACAGCUAUUAACUGCAAGCUCUUCCUCACACCAUGUGAAACUUCAAAAGUUCUCAUAAGGCUGGAAUACCUGGACAUGAGUGGAAACUUACUCACAGACCUGACAAUGAGAGAGACAGCAUGCGGAGGUGAAGGAGCGUGGCAGCAACUGAGGACUCUCAACGUCAGUAAAAACUCACUCCGCUCCCUUGUCCUUUUGGGUAAUUUAUUCACCAAUCUUCACAAGCUUGAGUCCCUCGACUUAAGUCAAAACGUCUACUUUGACAUGCCUGAAAGGUGUGCUUGGCCCUCAAGUCUCCAUUACUUAAACCUAUCUGCUUCCCAGCUGCGAAAAGUAACAAGCUGUCUUCCAGGGAGUUUGCACAUCCUAGAUUUAAGCAACAAUGACCUGACUGUGUUUGAUGUUGCACUUCCUUUCCUCAAAGAACUGCAUGUGUCUGGCAAUAAGUUCAAGAGUUUACCUCCAGGGAGGCUGUAUCCCAGUCUCAAAAUUUUGUCAAUUCAAAGAAAUGCUCUAAAUAUGUUCAGCAGCAUUGAUCUGAAGGAAUACAUCAAGCUGGAGGAUCUGAAGGCUGGUUAUAACUCAUUUGUGUGUUCGUGUGAGUUUGUGGCUUUCCUACAGUUCGAUGUUGGACACCUAGUCACACUGUCUGAUGGACGGCAGAGCUACAUAUGUGAUUCUCCUGUAGCCUUCAGAGGGGAGCUGGUCAGGAAUGUUCAUCUGUCCAUCUUUGAGUGUCACAUGAAAGCGGCUGUGUCUGUUCUGUGUGCUGGUUUUUUCUUGUUGUUUCUGGUAUGUGGCAUCCUUUGCUACAGAUUCAACACCUUUUGGUAUGUAAGGAUGACUUGGGCUUGGCUUCUUGCAAAAAGGAAACCGGCUAUCAACAGAAGGAAUGACAUUUGCUAUGAUGCCUUCGUCUCCUACAGUGAGAGAGACUCGGAGUGGGUGGAGGAGUUCUUGGUUCAAGAACUCGAAAGCACCCAGCCACCGUUCAGGCUCUGCCUGCACAGACGUAACUUUCUGCCAGGGAAAUGGAUAGCGGACAAUAUCAUCGAUGCCAUCGAGAAAAGCCGCAGAACUCUCUUUGUCCUCUCCAAUCACUUUGUCUCUAGUGAGUGGUGCAAGUACGAACUGGAUUUCUCCCAUUUCCGUCUCUUUGACAAGGGUGAUGACACGGCUAUACUGGUUCUGCUGGAGCCCAUUGACAAGGAAACCAUCCCAAAGAGGUUCUGUAAGCUGCGGAAGAUUAUGAACUCCAGAACCUACCUGGAGUGGCCUGAAGAUGAGGCCCAGAGAUCUGCAUUCUGGUGUAAACUUAAAGCAGCAAUGAACAGUGAGGAAUGUGAAGGCGUACCUUGA